AGCGAUCGGCGGAGACAGCCCGUCCUGUGGAACUAGGAGGCGGUCCCUGACGCCCCGCAGCGCUUGCGGAGAGCAGGAGCCAGGCGGAGGGUGGACAUGAGUGACCAGCUGAGUCCGUCCCCAGGCCGCUAGGGGCGGACCCAGCACCCAGCUCUCCUCCCAACUUCGAAUCUAAGAGCAUGGAGCCAAGUGCCUCUAAGACCAGUGAGUCGGAGGAAGAUUUAGUGGAAGAAGAGGAAUCCGAGGAGGAGUGUGAUAAAGAGGAAACUACCACCCCUUCUAGCCAUACGCAGCAGGCACUUGCAAAGGCUGACUACAAGGCAUUUGACAACGGGGUCUCCUUAUCAGUUGUAGCCAAAAAAAUUCCAAAAAAAAUCACAGCCCCCACUGACACAAAUGACUUAGAAGUUGGGAGGAGAAGGAGAAAGCGAAAACGCAGACCCCUGGCCAUCAACCUGACCAACUGCAAGUAUGAGAGUGUGCGCCGGGCAGCCCAGAUGUGUGGCCUGAAGGAGGUGGGAGAGGAUGAAGAGUGGACAGUGUACUGGACCGACUGCUCUGUCUCCCUGGAACGAGUCAUGGACAUGAAGAGGUUUCAGAAAAUCAACCACUUCCCUGGCAUGACGGAAAUCUGCCGCAAAGACCUGCUGGCUCGGAACCUCAACCGCAUGCAGAGACUCUACCCCGCCGAGUACAGCAUCUUCCCUCGCACCUGGUGCCUCCCUGCAGACUACGGGGACUUUCAGUCCUAUGGCCGUCAGCGAAAAACCCGCACUUAUAUCUGCAAGCCAGACAGUGGCUGUCAGGGACGGGGCAUCUUCAUCACCCGAAAUCCCCGGGAGAUCAAGCCAGGAGAGCACAUGAUCUGCCAGCAAUACAUCUCCAAGCCCUUCCUCAUCGAUGGCUUCAAGUUUGACAUGCGAAUCUAUGUCCUGAUAACAUCCUGUGACCCUCUUCGGAUCUUCAUGUACGAGGAGGGCCUGGCCCGCUUUGCAACCAUGCCCUACAUGGAGCCCAGCCUUAACAACUUGGAUGAUGUCUGUAUGCACUUGACCAACUAUGCUAUCAACAAACACAACGAGAACUUUGUCCGGGACGAUGCCGUGGGCAGUAAGAGGAAGCUGUCGACACUCAACGCCUGGCUGCGGGAGCACAGCUAUGACCCCCGAGAGCUGUGGGGGGACAUCGAGGACAUCAUCAUCAAAACCAUCAUCUCGGCCCAUUCUGUUCUUCGCCACAACUACCGAACCUGUUUCCCCCAGUACCUGAGUGGAGGUACAUGUGCCUGUUUUGAGAUCCUUGGUUUUGACAUCUUGCUGGACCACAAGCUGAAGCCCUGGCUGCUGGAGGUAAAUCACUCUCCAAGCUUCACCACGGACUCACGCCUUGAUCGAGAGGUGAAGGAUGCACUUCUCUGUGAUGCCAUGACCCUUAUCAACCUCCGGGGCUGUGACAAAAGGAAGGUGAUGGAGGAGGACAAGCGGCGAGUCAAAGAGCGGCUUUUCCAAUUUCACCAAACACCACGAGAAUCCAGAUGCACCAGGAGCCUGACGCGAGAACAAAUCGAGUCAUCCCAAGCAGCAAUGCUAGACCAGGAGCGAUAUGAGGAUUCCCACCUGGGGGGAUACCGGAGGAUCUACCCUGGGCCUGACACCGAGAAGUAUGCACCCUUCUUCAAGCACAAUGGCUCCCUCUUCCAGGAGACGGCUGCUUCCAAGGCCAGAGAGGAGUGUGCCAGGCAGCAACUGGAAGAGAUCCGCCUUAAGCAGGAACAACAGGAGACUGCAGGCAUUAGAAGGCGAAAGGAAAACAAGGACCAGAACCAGGGUGAAUCAGCUGGGGAAAAGAGCCGAUGCAGGGCAGGGCCCCGGGGCCUUUCCACUCACUUGGCAUACAGGAACCGGAACCGGAACCAAGAGCUGCUACCAGUACACCUGGACACCAUGCAGCCUCAAGAAAUUGUGGAAGAGGAGGAGCUAGAGCGGAUGAAGGGCCUGCUACAAAGGGAGAAUCUCAUUCGAAGUCUGGGUAUUGUAGAGCAGCUCAACCGAAUGCUAUACCCCAGCCACCGGGGCCAGAAAAAACUUCAUGAGUAUCGGCCUAGAUUUCACGACGGGCUGGGCAGUCAAGAACUGCAAUCUGUGAGUCUGGUCCCAUUGGUGCUCUUGAAAGGAGCUGCCACAGAACAGGGCCCUCCUCAUUUCCUGCAUCCAGUUCGGACCCAUGAAUUGAUCCCCAGGAUCUUAGGGCCACUGCCAAGCAUGAAUAUUGGAAUUCCACAUCCUACCCGGUGCCAUCUGCAGCCCAAGAGCUUCAAGUGGAUAGAUUCAGCAGCUAUCGGGCCUUGUUCAUUGUCACUGAAGAAAUCUGGGAGGCGCUAUUUUUCCAGUGCCAGAAUCAGACUCACCAGGCGUAAGUAUACAAAAGCCCAGCACUCGACCUCUCCUGGAGCACCCCCUGAGAUUUCUAAGGGGGCAAAGGGCCUCCAAUCUUUGCUAAAUGAAAAGUUGCCACCAAGUUCCAGUUUCAAAAACCCUGGCCAGGAAUCCUGUUUGUACAAGGCACACACAAAGACACCAAGAAUUCUUCACACCAAGCUGGUUUGGGGAUCGGUACUGACUAAACGAUAAAGAAGAGCCCAGGCUGGCCAUGUACUCAUCUCCGUCGAGCCUCGGCCUGGGUCUAUUGCUAGGUGACGGGCCUAAAUCCUGGGUGCGGACUGGGGCUGGAGGCCAUCCCGGAGGCCAGAAGCCCCUUUCCGAGUAGCCGAAUGCCCAAGGCAGUUCGCUGUCACCGUAGGAGAGGCGCCCCUCUCGCCGCAGAGGCGGAAACCGGCAGGCCCCUGGCCAGCCGCUGGGGCACAGGGGCGGCCCUUAGCAAUUUAAUUCGUCUUUUUAUUAAAGUUUAUUUCGUUUUCCAGGCGCGUCCUGUACCUCAUUUCGGCCCUCGUGUUUCAGGAAAGCCCACUCCACAGUUAAAACCAAACCACAGACCAGUUUAAGCCUAGA